GUUGGUGGGUAGGUAUCAGACUUCGUUUAGCAGUCAGCCAAAGCCAACCUUAAGCAAAAUGGUUUCUCAAACUUUGUUCGUUGCUUUCUUCGCUUCAGUAGCCGUUUCCUGCUGCUUGGGAGGCGUCGCAGUCCCAGCAGCCAUUCCCGCCGCCUACUCCGUUCCCUACGCCUCAUCCUACAGCGCCAGCGUAGUCAACCACGCCGUAGCAGCCCCGGUUGCCGUAGCAGCCCCUGCAAGAUUAGCCACACCAUUGGCCGCCCCAGUUGCAGCUCCUCUGAUCGCUAAAGCCGCACCCUUAGUUGCCGCUCCCGCACCUUACGCUGCCGCCUACGCUUCUCCCUACGCUUCUCCCUACGCUUCUCCCUACGCUUCUCCCUAUGCUUCUCCCUACGCUGCAGCUUACGCCGCGCCAUACGCUGCCGCUCCCUACGUAGCAGCUCCUUACGCCGCUGCGCCUUACGUGGCGGCUGCCUCACCCUACGUUGCAGCACCCGUAGCCGCUGCUGCUCCUUUUAUUGCUGCCAAAUAAGUAUUUUGUGAUCUUGUAGCUUAUCUCUGUCUAAUGUAAAUAGUUUGUUAAAUUUUUUCUAUUAUAUGUCGUGCUAGACGCGAGGAAGGGCAUUGUUUGAAGCCAUGUAUAUAGGUUUGAUGUAAAUAAAGUUUGUUCUAAUAUA